AUGCGAUCCAACGCUCUUCUUGGCCUCGCUGCCUUCGGCACAGUUGCCUCAGCCUUCUCACUCCCCGCCAACCUCAAGACCAUCUACGACAACCACAAAUCCGGAACGUGUGCCAAGAAAUUGUCGGGCACUUUUAGUGGUGGAGCUUCAUACUGUGGUGACCUUGCCGGUGCUAUCUUCCUCAAGGGAAGUUCUGGCAACUAUGACAACCUCGACAUCGAUUGUGAUGGUGCCAACAACUCGGCUGGUGCUUGUGCCAACGAUCCCAGUGGCCAGAGCGAAACUGCCUUCAAGGAUACCGUGAGAACAUUCGGCAUUUCUGAUCUCGAUGCCAAUAUUCACCCGUACGUCGUCUUCGGCAAUUCGGGCAGCAGCCCCUCUUUCAACCCCCAGUCAUCCGGCAUGCAGCCGCUUAGUGUCAUGGCUGUUGUGUGCAAUAACCAAGUUUUCUAUGGUAUCUGGGGUGAUACCAACGGUGGCACCUCCACCGGAGAAGCUUCCCUUGCUUUGGGUAAGCUUUGCUUUCCUAACGAGGGCCUUAGCGGUGAUAACGGCCAUGAUCCCAAGGACGUUUUGUUCAUUGGAUUCACUGGCUCCGGAGCUGUGCCAGGCAAGAGCGGUGCAAACUGGGCGGCCAAGAACACCAAUGACUUUGAGAACAGUAUCAAGGCAUUGGGAGACAGGCUUGUUGCUGGCCUCAAGGCUUAA